AUGGCCCAGUUCGAUUACACAACGACCGGGCAUCCAGAUAGCAAUGUGGCCCGCUUAAACGUGGAGAUGGCUCUUCGGUACUUGAAAGUUUUUGGUUUGGACGCCGAGAGUCAGAUUUUGAGCUUUUUCUGCGAGUUUGAAAUGAGCUGGACAGAUCCAAGAUUGUCGUGGAAUCCCGAGCACUUCAACGACACCAAAUUCAUCUUCGUCACCGCUGACCUCAUUUGGACACCCGACAAUCAAAUUGGAAACACAAAGUCGUUGGAUACCCUCCAUCCGGACUCAAUGAAGACGAUCACUCUCUCAAGCAAUGGAACAGUUCACUUGCCUAUGGUUUAUUUUAUCGAAGUUGCCUGUGUUGUAGAGAUCUCCCGUUUCCCAUUCGACAAUCAAACGUGUCCAAUCCCCGUUGCCACAAUGGCUUUAGAUUUGAAUGGGCAAUACUCCUCAAUGACAGGACGAAUUCAAAAUGUUAAUGUGUUCAAUUCACUGGGAAACGGUGAAUGGGAUGUGAUUGGUGUGGCGAUGGUUCCCUAUCAAUUCCUUACUGAGACUGUUCACACUCUUCUUCUCCCAACAAUCUUCUUGAAGCGUGUUCCUAACUAUUAUGUUUACGUGAUCGCUUUGCCUGGUUUCAUCCUGACAAUGCUCGGCAUUUUUGGAAUGUUUUGGACACCACACAUUCGAAAGGAACAGCUCACAAAAUUAAGCAUCGGAUUGACAACCCUCGUUUCGAUGACAGUUCUGUUGGACAUGCUGUCAACAGCUAUUCCAAAGACUUCCGUUUUUCCGUUAUUAGGUAUCUAUGUUGUGCUAUGUCUUGCCAUUACAAUCAACGGCACUCCACUUUGUGUGAAUUUUGGAAAAACUUUCACCGUUUUAUUAGAUUUCGCCGUUUUCUGCGAUUUUAAGCAAGGUGACUCAUGGGCUUCAGUGCCGGGAAAUUGCACAAAUUUGCUUAAUCCAUUCUACAUCGACGAUGUGAGAAAACCGUUUGAGGAGUGUAAAAAGAGCUUGAGGAAUGGUAAAUUGUUGAUGAACUGUCAGAGUCAUCUCAAGAAAUCGUUCACAAUCUACUGGGUGAAUGACUAUGAUCUGGAUGCAUCAGCGGCCGUUCAUCGAAGUGCUUUCUCGUUUCGUUUAGCUGAAUUGAUUGAUGACAAAAUCGGUUACCAUCUUGAGCCAUUCGAUGCUCCGAUGAAUCCACCACUCACUCCAUCGUUGUCUUUGAAUUGGACGAAUGUCUCCCAACCGACGUGGAUUGCUUUAUCUACUGGGAAGGGGCUAAAUUAUUUGCAAAAACUUCAAACGAUCUCGGAUAACCCGAAUUGCUCCUACGAACUCAUCACCGGAGCGCCACCGGCAAAGAACGAUUAUGAGAAGAGAAAACUCAUGAAAUUCAACGACUCACAACCAUUUAUUGUGCAAUUUCUUGAGAACAAUCUCUACAGCUUAUUCGUUCCAUCAAACUGUGCCGUUACCAUCGAAAUUGACAAGGAUGAAAGAUCUGAGGGCAACUGGUACAACGAAAAACAAACGAUUUGCGACGGAGAGGCAAUAGUGACUACACCAGCCUACUCCAAUGAGCUUUCAUGCUUUCCUGAUGCAUAUUAUCUGCAACGUGUCGUUCAGUGUGCUGAUCCAAUCGAUGUAAGUGUUGAAGUGGUGGCACUUUUGAGUGGAAAGAUGAGCAUCGAGUUCGGCUACACGAAAACGAACAAGACAAAAAUCACUCUGAGCACCUCAUCGAAUCUCUUUUGUAAACACAGCGGCAUCGGAGUCAAAAGUGUCACUGUAUGUUCU